AUGAAGGAGAGCAAGGGGGGAAAACAAUUACCAAUGACCGUACCGGAAGCUGUGAAGAUUAAUGGGUCGUUAGAACACUCAUCUCACUCUCUUUACAACCCCCUUUAUCUUCUGUUCACUAUUCAUCCUAUAAUUAUCUCUGUACUGUUGCAGGCAUGUGAGAUACCAACCGAUUUUCGUGCAGAGCAAUGCAGCGCUUUCGACGAUGUACCAUACAGGGGAAAGUUACUAAAAUGGCAUCCAUACGACGAUCCAACGAAACCCUGCUCUUUAAUUUGUCAUGGAGUUUCAUCUCGAUCCUCAACUUUGUCAACAAGAGACUACGACUCCAGCCACCAAGAUGACAAAAAUAACAAACUAACAUCUGAAGAAGAAAGUAUUGAGGAUAGUUUCACUGAAUUGGAUACUGAUGACUCGAUCGUUGUUCAACUUGCUGAUAAAGUUCAAGAUGGAACCAGAUGUCAUACUGACAGCCUUGAUAUUUGCAUCGGUGGAACUUGCUUGAUAGUAGGAUGUGAUAUGAAAGUAGGCAGUGGUAAAACAAAAGAUCUUUGCGGCGUAUGCGGUGGAAACGGUUCGACUUGCCAGUCAAAAUACUCCUGGAGCCUGGAAUCGAUAUCUGCUUGCUCUAAAUCCUGCGGCGGUGGUUUUAAAAUGGCUGCACCAAUUUGCAAAUCACUGGAAGAUGAUAGUACGACCGAUGAAGAGAACUAUGGAUUAGUGGUGAGUGGACUUCCAGAUCAUAGAUGCAACGCCAACCAUAAGCCAAAAACUCAAGAAACGUGCAAUACUAUUUCCUGCCCGAUGUGGGAAACCGAUCAGUGGAGUGAAUGUUCAGCGACAUGCGGAACUGGAGUAAGAACAAGAACCAUUGAGUGUAGAGACGGAAAUGGAAAAUUAUCAAAUGAUUGUGAUUCUGCAGAGCGGCCUUAUGAUAAACAGGAUUGUAAAACCAACAUCGACUGUCCUUUGUAUUCAGAUGAGAUAUCACAACCAUUAAUGCAGCCUUAUCCACCGCCUCCAAUGCCCGAGAAAUUAAUUGACCAGCCAAUACCAUCUGAAGCUACGUUUAUAGCUGAUGAAUGGUCUACAUGCAGUGCAACUUGUGGUGAAGGCAUUCGUCAUCGUGAAGUUCAUUGCAAGAUAUUUCUCGAAUUUAGUAGGACAAUAGCUAAACUCCCAGACCGUCAAUGUACUGGUCUGAAACCUGUGGAAACAGAGAAAUGCAUGAUCCGAGCAUGUGGCCUGAUGGAAAACAGUCUCUCGUAUAGAGUUGACACUGUUGGAGACAGCGGGUACGAGGAAUCUAAUUUGAUGGAUUCAUUUAGAUCUGCCAGCUCGGAUGAGUAUGAAGGCAGUGUCAAAGUUGCUACUGGUAAUUCUGGACAGACGACUUAUUCAUGGAAGGAAGCGGGGUACAGCGCUUGCACUGCUUCUUGUCUCGGAGGAGUUCAAGAUUUGAUUAUCAAUUGUGUCCGAGAUGACACUGGUAAAACAGUUAUUCCACUUCUCUGCACCAAGGAAACAAAACCCGAGUCCCGAAUUCGUACUUGCAACGACCACGCCUGUACCCCACGAUGGAACUAUAGUGAUUUUUCACCGUGUAACAGUCCCUGUGGUAUUGGUAUACAAACGCGAGACGUCACUUGCAUACACGAGGUAGCGCGGGGUCCUGGGAAUACAGUGGUAGUACCAAACCAUAUGUGUCAGACGCCACCGCCAGUUGACAGGCAGCAUUGCAACGUGUGGGAUUGUCCACCCAAAUGGCAACCCGGAGAAUGGGACAAAUGUUCUAAAAGCUGCGGAGGCGGUAUUAAACGACGUCAGGUUGUUUGUGAACAAGUAAUGGCUCAAGGUCACAAGCAAAUUCGUCCUGACCGAGAAUGCCAAGGAAAUAAACCUUCAUCUGAAAAACCAUGCAACACCAGAUCUUGUUAUGAUAUUGGGUUAAAUGUUCAACCAGUGAUAUUCAGUCAGAAUACGACGUUUAAUCAGCGGGAUCCUGAACAAAAAGUUGAUCUCAAAAUUGGGGGGACUGCAACAGUAUUUCAAGGGAUACCCGUGGUCAAAAUUCGUUGCCCGGUUAAAAAAUUCAGCAAGGGGCAGAUUAUUUGGACAAAAGACCGUGCAGAAUUACACAAAUCUCGAAAGUAUAAAAUUAGCCGAAAGGGAGCUUUGAAGAUAAUCGAUAUUGGAAUUACUGAUAGCGGCUCAUAUGCAUGCAUUGCUGGACAAUCGCAUGCCGAAUUACGUUUAAUAGUGAGACCUCGAACCAGAGAGCAAAUGAGUAGUGAAGAAAUUUUACGAUUUGGUAAUACUGUGAAUCAUCGACAGGAUGUUAAUUUGGAUUCGGGAGGCGCAAGUUCUGGCGAAAAUUUACAAAUCGAUCGCGCUGCACCAGCUUAUCAAGGCGCCUUUUCAUUCGGGAAUGAUGAUCUCAGUCACGAAUCACGGCCUGAAAUACCUUCUGUAGGAAAACCAACUAAAAAACCCCGAAGGCCUAAACGUCCAAAACCAAGUCCUCCAACAUCGGACGUAAUAUCCAAUGGAGAGUAUUCAGUAACGUCAAUUCAUCAGCCGGGUUAUCAUGAGUCUGUUGAAUCUACAGCUUCUUCUAGUGCUUCUCGACUUACACCACAUUUCAGUCAAUUAAUUUCUACCUUGCAGUCAUAUUGGCCAUUCCAAAAUGGUGGAUCGUCUAAUCGAGGGCACCGAAUGGCGCCUGAAUUAUCUCCCAACAAAUUUCACUCGAAAAAUACCCUCGAACUGAAUACAAAAGAUCCUAAAGAUAAUGACGUACAUAUACAUUACGACAGCAUAGACAAAGAUUUCGAUAUGUUUGGACGUAAUUCGGUGAUUCCUGACGACAAAUUUGGACCGGAUGAAGAGCGAAUAUUUAUUGAGGACGAGCCUUAUGAUUUCGACAGCGCUAUAUCUUCAAUGAAUGCAUGGGACAACAGAAAAAAAUCAACCGAAUCGCUUAGAAUUUACAAACAUCGAUUCACGACGGAACAAACUUCUGAUUACUUUGAAGAAUCUUUGAGAAAUAUUAAAAACCAAAACCUCAAUAACAAUGUUGAUAAUUAUUUGAGAAAUGAGCGAGGUAUUAAAUUGAGUAAAAAAAAUAGCGAAAAAAUUUACUCGCCAACCGAAACUUCUACUAUUGACACCUAUUUCCAAGGCCAUACUGAUGAUAAAAAUAAAAUUACGGAGAUUUAUCCAUCAACAAAUCCACUAGAAAAAAGUUACUCAGUAGAAUCUCAAGAUAAGAAUGAUUAUUCUAAACCUCAUCUUAGUACUACUGGUACCUCUCCAACUCCAACUAUAAGUAAUGACAAAUCAACAAUAGACUUGGAUAAAAUUGUAAAUUAUUCUGUCCAUACGACUGUUAAAUCAAUAGCUAAUGAUAAUGUUAAAUUAUCAACAGAAUCUUUGACGAUAAAAUUGCCUGAAGAUGAUGAAAAAAUGUUUGACUCCGGUAGCGAAAUGGAACAAAUAGAAGAUUCAUAUGAAGAAGAAUUGAUAAAACAAAAGCUAUCUAAAAAUGAAACAGCAAAAUUGUCAACAAAUCACAGUGGAAAUAAUUCAAAAAUUUCGAGUGAUGAGAUUGCUCGAGAAAAUGACUCAGAGAACAUCGAUCACGGAGCGGUUGAAGUGUUGAGUAAUGAGGAUACUACGGAAAAAACACGGCAUUCAAAACAUAAAAAUCACUCUCAUAACUCAUUGAAGAAUAAAAAUUCAAAUCAACCAUUAAUACAAGUGGAAACAUUGACUUUUGACAUGAACGACACCACUGAUGAUACUUUCAAUAUUUUUACUAAAGAAACUAGUGAGAAUUUAGUAUUUGAAUGGGUUACUACUGAAUGGUCUAAAUGUUCGCAAACUUGUGGAGGUGGUGGAUUUCAAAUGAGAGGAGCUCAGUGUAUGGUUCGUUCAACAAAGCCAGCUAGUAAUAACACACGAGUUUCAUCGAGAACUGUAAUAGGUGCUUCGCUUUGUGAAGAUGCUGGUUUUAACGUACCGGCAAAAGUUCGUCCUUGUGGCUUAGAGAGAUGUCCCCAAUGGCAUACAAGUGAAUGGACCCCGUGUGAAUCAUCACGCUGUUUUAAUUGGAAAACUGCAAUGCAAAGGAGAGAUGUUACCUGUCGUUUAAUUGAAGACGCAGUUAACGGCUCAACAAACGCGACUAUUCUUAAUACCGAUAAAUGCGACGACGCAAUAAAACCACCACAAAGACAAGAAUGUUAUAACGAUGCCUGUAAAGGAGUUUGGAGAGUAGGUGAAUGGUCGGAGUGCACAGCAUCUUGCGAGGAAGAUGGCAUUAAAUAUAGAAUUUUACAGUGUGUAUGGUUUGGAACAAAAAAGCCUGCAGGUAACGCAUGCCGUGAUAUACCUAGACCUCCAGUUAUGAAAAUUUGCAAAGGUUCUCCGUGUCCUCGAGUACCUGAAGACUGCGAAGAUCAUUCGCCACUAUGUACCAGGGUUAAAAUGAUGAAUAUGUGCCGAGUACCGCUUUAUCAGAAACAAUGCUGCAAAUCUUGUCGCUAA